CACGCUGGGAGCUGUAGUUCCGGCCGGCGGCCAUUUCGGCGGCAGCGUGCGGGCCACUGCCCGCGGUGACUUUGCGGCAUGGAGAGCGGCUUCGGCUCCGACUUCGGCUCCGACUUCGGCUCCGGGGGCGGCGGGGGAGGGAAGCUGGACCCGGGGCUCAUCAUGGAGCAGGUGAAGGUGCAGAUCGCCGUGGCCAACGCGCAGGAGCUCUUACAGCGCAUGACGGACAAAUGCUUUCGGAAGUGCAUCGGGAAGCCGGGCGGCUCGCUGGACAACUCGGAGCAGAAGUGCAUCGCCAUGUGUAUGGACCGCUACAUGGACGCCUGGAACACGGUUUCCCGAGCCUACAACUCGCGGCUGCAGCGGGAGAGAGCCAACAUGUGAAGCUCCUGGACGAGGGAGGGACCAUGCGGGGAAGGGACAAGCGGCCAGUCCAGGUGGUUGGGGGCGAGAUCCCGCAGCCUCCCCAGCCCCUGCCGUGGCAGAGCAAUAAACCCUCGCUGAACCGUU